AUGGACGAACACCGUGAGAGGAGAAAACACGAAGGCUCGCAGGCACAACUUCGUCGGUCGACCGCAAGAAGCAAGGAAUCGGUGGAUGAUCAGCUGCUACAGUCGUUGAUGAGGGCUGUUCCGGCAUCGAUUCGUGAAGGAAGGAAAGCAGGGGCGAUCAUCUCCGGUGGUGCUUCUAGGUGUGCUCCGGCCAACCAGGAAGAAGAACGGAAAGAAGGAAGAAAGGAGGUUGUUACCUCCUUGUUUCCACCGGAAAUCAACACACCUCAGAUGUGUUUCUUGGCAGCAAUUUGGAGAAUGAAGGUUAGUAGCAUCAAUCUUUCAGAUGGUGUUGGACGAAGCAAAGGAAGGGAAAGGAUAGGUAUUGCCUCUUUCUCCGGUGAUCCGAAGGGUUGGAGACGGUGGCAGCCACUUUGUACAAGAAAUCAGAUUUUGAAAGAUAUUAGAUGCAAAAUCAAUUAA